AUGUCAGCAAAGUCCAUCCUCGAGGCCGACGGCAAGGCCAUUCUCAACUACCACCUCACCCGUGCUCCAGUUGUCAAGCCUACCCCCCUGAAGCCCACUGGUGUUCACAACGCCCCUGCAAAACUCGCAUCGCUGUAUUUCCCAGAGGACGAGAGCGUCGAGACCAUCCUAAACCAGGCCGAGGCCACCUUCCCAUGGCUGUUGACUCCUGGCUCCAAAUUCGUCGCAAAGCCAGAUCAACUGAUCAAGAGACGAGGAAAGAGCGGGCUGCUCGCCUUGAACAAGACCUGGCCUGAGGCCAAGGCAUGGAUUGCUGCCAGAGCCGGCAAGGACCAAAAGGUUGAGACUGUGGUUGGCACACUCAGACAGUUCUUGGUCGAGCCGUUUGUUCCCCAUCCUCAGGAUACUGAAUACUAUAUCAACAUCAACUCAGUCCGAGAUGGUGAUUGGAUUUUGUUUACCCACGAAGGCGGCGUUGACGUAGGCGACGUCGAUGCAAAGGCCGAGAAGGUCUUAAUCCCAGUUGACCUCAAGAAAUUCCCUUCUAACCAAGAGUUGGCUGCUACCCUGCUCAAGAAGGUGCCCAAAGGUGUCCAUAAUGUCCUUCUCGACUUUAUUGUCCGAUUAUACUCUGUUUACGUCGACUGCCAAUUCACCUAUCUCGAGAUCAACCCCUUGGUCGUCAUCCCCAAUGCUACCGGCACAUCUGCUGAAGUCCACUUCCUUGAUCUCGCCGCUAAGAUCGACCAAACCGCCGACUUCGAGUGCGGUACCAAAUGGGCCAUUGCACGCAGCCCCGCUGCUCUGGGUCUCCCUGGUGUCAAAGCUGACGGGAAAGUGACUAUCGACGUGGGACCUCCUUUAGAGUUCCCUGCACCUUUUGGUCGUGAACUCACCAAGGAAGAGAAGUACAUCUCAGACAUGGAUGCAAAGACUGGUGCUUCUCUCAAACUUACUGUCCUGAAUUCUCAAGGCCGAGUAUGGACUUUGGUUGCUGGUGGUGGUGCUUCAGUUGUUUAUGCUGAUGCCAUUGCCUCUGCCGGCUUUGUAAGCGAGCUGGCAAACUACGGUGAAUACUCAGGAGCACCAACUGAGACCCAGACAUAUAACUACGCCAGAACCGUCCUAGAUCUCAUGCUCCGUGCCCCACAGCACCCAGAGGGCAAGGUGCUCUUCAUUGGUGGUGGUAUCGCCAACUUUACAAACGUUGCCUCUACAUUCAAGGGUGUCAUUCGUGCUUUGCGAGAAGUCUCUACUGUCAUCAACGAGCACAAGGUCCAGAUCUGGGUACGACGUGCUGGCCCCAACUACCAGGAAGGCCUCAAGAACAUCAAGGCUGUCGGUGAAGAACUCCAAAUGAACAUGCACGUCUACGGCCCAGAAAUGCACGUCAGUGGUAUUGUGCCAUUGGCCCUGCUCGGCAAGAAAUCCACCAUCCCCGAAUUCGGUGGCUAG